UAAAAUAUCGUAUAUUAUUUGAUAUUAUCCAAUAAUAUUCCUUUUUAAUUAAAUGACGAUCAUUUCGGUAUAGAGUUCGAUAAAGUUAAUCUCGAACCACUUACUUAGCGAAAUCGGUAAUGACGGACAUCUUUUGUAUAGAAGGCUGAAAAUUCGUUAAGUUUUUAAUUAAUUUAUAAUAUAAAGAAGAUGUCGGGAUUCGAUAGUAAUCCUUUUGCCGAUCCAUAUGCCAGUAAUCCGUUUGCGGAUCCUACUGUGCAGCAAGUGACAAAUCAGGCAAAUCGUGCCCAGUCUGCUUUAGAUGAUUAUAAUCCAUUUGCAGAUCAACAACAGAAAACAGUUCAAGCACCUGGUACAAAUCCUCCACAAUAUCAACCACCUCCAAUUAAACAAGAUACUCCACAACCAGCUGUAAUGCAACCUAUUUCAGAACCUCCUCCAGCAUAUACGCCAACCGGAGCACAGAAUUUUAGUACGGCAGACUUACAGAAAAAACAAGAAGAAUUAGAAAGAAAAGCUGCAGAAUUGCAAGCUAGAGAAGAAGCACUUAGAAAAGUACCUUACAAUGUUCGUGCCAAUAAUUGGCCACCAUUACCAGAAAAAUGUUGCGUUGGUCCAUGUUUCUAUCAAGAUAUUGGUGUUGACAUUCCAUUAGAAUUUCAAAAAAUUGUCAGGAGCAUAUAUUACUUAUGGAUAUUUUAUGUAGGAGUUCUCCUAUUGAAUGUUUUGGGAACAAUGGCAAUUUUGUUUGUUGAUGGAGAUGCUACAACCUUUGGGUUUUCUUUAUUGGCAAUUUUUCUUUUUACACCUCUGUCUUUUGUAUGCUGGUUUCGGCCAUUAUAUAAAGCUUUCAGGAGUGAUAGUUCAUUCAACUUCAUGGUGUUUUUCUUUGUAUUCUUUUUCCAAUUUAUUCUUGCAGUAAUCUAUGCUAUUGGAUUUCCUAAAGUGGGAUCAUGUGGUAUAUUCAAUUCCAUUGCAGCAAUGAGACAACCUCCGGUUACCACAAGCUCUUAUUUUGUGGGAGGUCUAGGUUUGAUCAUUGGUUUCUUAUGGGCGGCCGUCGCACUGAUAUCGGGCAUCAUGAUAAUCAAGGUGCAUCGCCUGUAUCGUAGUACGGGCGCCAGUUUCGCCAAGGCCCAACAAGAGUUCACUUCCGGCGUGUUACGUAAUGAGCACGUGCAACAGGCGGCAGCAACGGCAGUGAGCGGAGCGACCCAACAGGCCAUGAAUCAAGCAGUUUCUGGUAAUCGCUACUAAAAGAAGAAAAAUGGCGCACGUUUUAUUCUCCGAGGAGGAAAUGGCGAGGGAGUAACCACCGUCGAUAGAAGAUAGGAAUUGUUUUGCUAUCGAGGAAAAUUCGAUCCGGAAACUAGAAAAAAAUCGUAAUCUUUAUUGUAAAACUUCAAUUGUAAAUCCAGAAAUUUGGAAGAACUUUGCUAUAAUUCUGUCCAUUUUUUUCCUAUGGUUAAAUGUAUCAUGCUUUGUGCGUGACAUAAAAAAACAUACUACUGUCCAAAAUAUUCGUGAAAUUUGACAGAAUUUUCUUUACAAAUAUAGUAUAUAUACAAACAUACAUGCAUACAUAUAUAUACCAAUAUAUAUAUUAUAUAGAAUCCGAUCGCAUAUGUAUUCACAAUUGAUGUUCUGUUUUAAAGUAGCUGCACACGAACACACUAAACACACGCAUAUUAAUUAGUUUAAAAACAUUCACCGGAUACUUGCGAUUUAUUUUUUUAAACUCUAUAUUUUAGACUACUAUUUAAUUUUUUUAAUGUGUUCUAUCUAAAGCAUUCAUUCCAAAACACUAUUUUUUUUCUUGCAUUCUGCAGGCGAAACUAUCUUAAUUUGCAACGUUCCGAGAGUUGCAAAAAAUAUUUGUAUCGCGUUUCGACAGACAUUUUUAUGGAUCGAGUCGAAUUCGAGAAAGGAUUUUUACAUUUCGUGUAACUCGAAGACAUUCGUCAAAAAAACGUAAAUACAAGAGUUUAAUUCGUACAACGAUGGAAAAUUGGAAAACACUUACGAAAUUCUAUAUAUAUAUAUCCACAGUGCUUUCUCGUUUAACAUUAUUAUUAUUGUUAUUAUUAUUAUUAUUAAAGGUCGACUUAACGAGUUAAUUCGAUUUACAAAUGUCGUUUUCUGUCGUCAGGAAAUAGGAAAACUAAUAAAAAAAAAUUUUUGGUUUGGUUUCUAAUUAUUUUUCAUUGUGCAUGAGAAAUUCUUGCUAUGUCGAUUAUCAAUCUGUUGUACAGUGUUAUUGUAGUGCUAAUAAAUAUUUAACAUUAA